AUGAUAAAAGAAAAUGAUGAGUUAAUUAAAAUUAUGACCAAUUUUCUUCAAAGCAAAAUCUUCAUUUAAAAUAUGAAGGGGGAUAUGCAAAAGAAUCAAAAAAAAAGAUCUAUAUUGAAUGUAUAAAUCAAAUACUUUUAAUUAUUUGAUGAAGAUCAAGAGGUAUAUUAAGAAUCAAAUCAUAGUUAGUUAGAAUUUCCAAUAAUUCUUAUAGUUGUGCUAAUUAGGCUUUUAAAUGUGUUUUAAGAGAGAAGGUUUAAAAUCAAUCAUUAAAGUAAUAUUGGAAAGUCUUGUCAAAUAUAAAUUAUAAUCUAAAUACUUACUCAUCCUAUUAUUAGAAUUUAUAGAAAAUUCAGCAUUUUCCAUCUUAAUUUUAAGAAAUUAUUAAAAGAGAUAUUGUAAGAACUACUUAAGAUGAAAAUUAUAGGGUAAAAUUGAGCAAUGUCUUAAAUGCAUAUAGUAUACGUAAUGCAUAAAUUGGAUAUUGUUAAGGGUUUAAUUAUAUAGCGUAUUAUUUCCUUCAGCAUUUCAAUGAAGAGGUAUCAAUUUGAUCUCUCUCACUAGGAAACUUUCUGGUUUUUAUGUUUUUUAUUUGAGACACUCUUACCACCAAAUUAUUAUAAUCAUUUGUAUGGAGUUUAAUGUGAUGAUUACAUAAUUAAAGAUCUAUUACAAUUCUUAAAACCUUAAUUGUUUAAUCAUAUGAAAAAAUUACAGAUUGAAACAAGCUUAAUUACAAUUUAAUGGUUGGUUUGCUGUUUUACAUUUCACAAUAGAUUAAGUGAUACAAUUAUAGAUUUAUUAUUACUUGAUGGAUCUAAAGCAUAGAUAAAAUGUGUUCUAACUUAUUUAAGUUUCUUAGAGCCUAUUUUAUUACAAUGUGAAGAUAUAGGCACAUUUAUUAUGUCAAUAGAGAACUUUGUUAAGAGUUAUUAAGAUAGAGAAUAAUAUGUUAAGGAAUACAAUAGAAUUUAUAUAAAUAAUAAAAUAUUACAAUAUGUCAGAUAAGAUUAUUCAAAAAAAGUAGUUAAAAUGAUUUAAUAAAGAAGUAAUCAAAGUGCUUAAUAAUUGGAUAUAUAUUUAUUGGAUCUUAAAUUAAAAAAAUGUAAUUUAGAAUCACAUGUAUGUCAAUAUAUUCUGGGUGCUUGGAAUAGAAAUAAAAAACAUCUUGAUUUUAUAAUUAUCCAAGAACAAAAUAUAAAAGUCAUUUAAAAUUAUGAAUAAAUCUAGAGCAGAAAAUAUAUUUUAGAUAAUAAUGAUUAAAUGAUAUUAAGAUAAAAUCAUAUAUGUCAAUCAGAUGAUAUUAUUUUGAUUAGAGAAAUCUAAUAUUCUGAUCUAUAAAAUGUUGAAUUAGUAAACAUGAAAUAAACUCAGAAAACUAAUUAAGUGAGUAAGAGAGCUCGUAGUCCAAUAAAGGAAAUUCUUCUUUUUCCAUUAAAAGCUUUUAAUUAAAAAGAGUAAGAAUAGAAAUUAAGAAUGAACCCUUAAAAAUAUAAAAUUGAAACCCAAUAUAUUUAAAGAAUAGUAAAAAGUGUCCAAUCAUAACAAUCACCUAAUUCUUAAUAACAUAAUAGAGCUAAAUCUCCAUAAUAUAGAAGAUCAUAUUAAACAAAGGAUAUGAGUCACUCUUAGAAUAUAGGUUAUUUGCAUAGAACUGAGAAUGAUGAAUUGCCUACUAUUCGAGAAUCAAUUACAAUUUAAUUUUUGACAGAGUUAUCGAAAAAUAAUGGAUUAAUUAAUCUAGAAUUUGAAUAUUAAUGA